GAAAAGUCCGAAUGCAUGGUUAUUUGUGUAAACAACAUGGCGCUCAGAUAAAAUCAAAGGUUCCAUAAUUUUGUUGAUAAGUUACAUCUGGUAUUGUAAAGAAUUCUUAAAAUGCCUGCUGGAGGACAAGGGGACCGAGCUCUGUACGGCCAUGUUGGCCAUCCCCAGAAUAUGAACGCACUGCUCGACACUAUCACCAAACUGAAGCAGGACCUUGCUCAAAGCCAUGCAGAGAAACAGAAUUUAGCAGGACAAAUGAAUGUCCUUAUAACUCUUGUGAAGAGGUCUUGGAGUGGAGACUUUAAUGCUUCUUUACACCUGGGAAAUAUUAUUGGUCUACAGCCUCCUGAGUUCAUGCAACCAUAUCAGGAUGGGAAACGCACAACCAACACACCUAUUCCAGAGAUAAAGGAGAAGGUUGUGAGGGCUUGGGAGAGACUCGCUAUCAAGCUUUUGGAUAGGGAGUACGCCCAGAUUCAGGAGGAAAUCUAUGCUCGUCAACAGGUUUACAUGCAAAACAGACAGCUUUACAUGGAUGAAGUGAUGCACAACCAUGAACAUGACAUGGCUAAAACUACCGUUCCACUCCGCAACAGACAUAAGACAUACGAGGAGGUCGACAAACAAUUCCUCAAAACUGUAGGGACAAACCAGCCCCAAAGCCGUCCCACAAGUGGUACCAGUACAAGAGGGAGGAUCAGAUCUGCCCAGAAACAGCAGCGACCAAACGUGAAAGAGAACAACCCUGACGUGACUUUGAAUGAUCUUUUUGUACAGCCAACUGGAGACAGGAACAAAAAUUCAGCUUUUUCUGGAUUGUAUCAAAUGGAAAACGGUCGUGAUAAUAGAAACAAAUACAGAGCACCAUAUGACGAUCCUCAACGAUAUAAACAGACAAAUCUAUUUAAUUUGGAUGCUGUGUUUGGUCCAGACGUCGGUGUUAAGAAACCUCGACCCGCCAGUGCAUUCACUGCGACGACCAACAAAGACAAAGUUAAUAACCAGAAACCAAGGCCUAAAAGUGCAAGUGUGUUCGUUACCCAGUUGCAUGAUCGACCAUUGAAGUAUGAAGUGACACAUCCUGUCAGCAACAAACCCUCUACAAAGAAGAAACCAGCACAGAAACAGCGACUUAAAUCAGCCAGUGUACCUAAAAUGAACAUCAUACAGGAACAAGGAGGGGAUGAAACUCCGGAACAGGAUACAGAAUCUCUCUCCAGCUACCAGCAGUCACAUGACUCUCCACCUAGUGCUCCAGUGGCGACACCUGCUCCAGACAAUCCCGAUAAUUUUGAUGUGAAUUCAGAGACAGACUUUAAUCAAGGUGUGGAUGAUGUGUAUCGUGAGGAUGCACCGUCUAGUCCAGGUUUACAGCAGGACAGGUACAGUAGUGACUCGUCGGAUGAGGAGCCUCCUGAGGACCACAUAGGCGAGCAUCUUAGGGUACGUGUUGGCUCAGCCACCAACAAACCGAAGAGUGUCGCCAAGUUUGUAACCGACAUGAAAGUCAUGGAGGACAUGGAGAAGGAUUUCAAAAAGUCGGCAGCAACGCUACAGAAACGUCUUGGAAUAGCAGACAUGGGCAUGAUCAAGUAAAAGGAGUCAUAUUAAAUGUUUCAUGCGUCAUUGGUUAAACAACAUUUUUACUCCAAUUUUCAUCAAAGGAAUUUUCAUAUUUUCAAAAGUUCUUGCAUGCUUAAUGUUGUUUUCUGCUGGUUAGUUUAAAUAGACACAGAUUUUUUUAUAAAUGUCGCUAAAAUUAAACAGACUUAAACUUAAACAUGAUUUUUUUUGGAAUGGGUUUCUAUAAAAGGGUGCUACCACAGGACUUAUAUAGGUAUUCUCAUUAAAGGAUUCCAUUACCAUUUCAAAACCUCAAAUCGCUACCUUGAGUGAUCAACAAAGCACCCUUGAUUUUUAACAAUUGGACAGUUGGGUCUUUAUAAUGGUUUCAUAGCCAUUUGAUCAUACAUUGAGUACAUGGGUGAUCCCUUGAUGGACCUGAUAGCAAAUUGUAGAUUUACUUAGAAAUUGGUGUUGUUUUUGGCCAUUGUGAAUAGAACAAUGGAAGGAGAGCCUGUGAUUUAGUAAAGUUUGCUUCAUUUUAAAGUUAAUUCAGUUUGUUGCUGAAGUCCAUAUUGUUAGACUUAAGUUUUACAUGAAUUAUGAAACAAGUUAUUUUCAACAUAUAUUCAUCACUCCUAAUGGAAGCGCACAGGGAGUGUGACAGGAAAUCCGGAAAAGGCUCACUAGGUAAGCCAAUACCUUUCCACACCCAACUGUGGAGUCAAAGCUGAGUCAUCUUGUUAAAAGGCAAGUGUGCUAUCCACUGCGUCACCACCGAAACCCCUCGUAGAUGUAUGUUGUUGUCAGAGAUCUUACAAUGUUUGUAAAUAUGAAAAUAUGCCAACAUCUUGAAUGCAUUUCCAAAUGAUGUACCCGGUAUACAAUAAUUUUACAGUCUUUCUCCUGCCUGAUACUUAAAGUUGUAACUAUGAUCAAGCAAUCACUUGAGACCUACGUAAUCAUACUGUUGGCUGUUAGGUACAUCACAGGACGUCGCUCAUUAAUUCCACAAUAAUCAAUGUUUUACAACAUCCUGCUGUCCGUCAUUUGUGAAUGAAUCAAUAACUCCAGGCAGCAUCAUUUAGCAGCUAUACAUGAAGCCAAAAAUAAAAAGUUUUUCUCACAAAGGCCCCUUUAAUAUUAUUUUUGUAUCGUUAUAACAUUACAAAGUUAUGGUGCAAAAGUUGCUAAAUUUGUUAGGAAAGCAAAUUUUAGCAUUUCAAUUUUCAGAUUCUUCUUGUGAAAGAUAAUUGAAAAAACUGUGUUUGUUAAUUGUUAAAACAGAUGUUAAUUUUGAUUAACCUACAUAUAAAGUUAAAAAGAUACUAGUAGAUCAAGGCCAAAACAAAUCAAUUUCUCUUGUCAUGUUACUGUCUCAGUGUUAUUUUUAUUUUUUCAAUGUGUUUUUUUUUAUUGCAAAACCAUUCAGUGAGGGACAGACCAGUUACAUCCAGACAUUGUCUUGGUCUAAACUGUUUUUUUUUUAAAAGCAUGCCUUAUAUAUGGUGCAGCCCGAGUUUCCUCUGGCCCUAACACCAGACUUAGACAUUUUGACAUAUAGAUGGCACACCAGACAUCUAGAUAUGGUGAUAAUUAAAUGAGCUCUGCCAUACUCUACAUGAUAUUGUAUGUUUAAAGAAACCUGUCCAAUCUGAACCCUGAGUAUUCUGAUAUCCUGUUUUAUGUUUUUGAUGGAAUAACCCUUUCCUUAGGCUUGAAGCCACAGUAAAAAGUAACAGAUUUUGAAAGAGACUUAAAUAGUAUAAAAUUAUUCUGAUGCACUUCAUUGCAUCCACGUGGUUGGAUAUCUUAAUCUUAAUGUAGUGAUACCAUUUAUAGAGAGAUUGAACAAAAGGGAUGGGAGAUUUAUCAGAGAUUUUGUUAUUAUAGAAAUGAUGUCAUUUUAUAAGAUGUAUAUUAGACUUAAAAUGGUGUCAGGAAAUUUAAAUAUAAUUAACCAGAGAAAGAGUUGUGUAGUGGACAGUUUAAUAUCAUGUAUAGGAAUAGUGCAAUGUUGUUGUUUUUUCAGAGCUUUACUUACUAAAUGACAUUAUUAAAUGAUAAAGAUAAUGACAUUCAGGGUAUCAUUUAGAACUGUCAAGAUGUACAGUACCAAAUUCUACCUAAUCAUUGUCCAUGCUACUAUAAACACUGGAUCUUCAUUCUAGCUGCCAUAAAUAUCUUUGAAAUUUGUUUUAAAAGCAAACUCAACAUCAUCCAUAUCAUCAACAAAAUAUCAUUAAUGCCACAACAAAAUUAGAGGAGAGAAAAUAGAGAAAUUUCACUAUCAUCUUUGGAUUUCAACUAAAUAAUAUUGCAUGUAAAAUUUUCACUGAAAAACAUUUAUAACGCUUUGAUUUAUGAAAAAAUAGGGCUUACUAACAUAUCAUUCCUUUAAGUGCCUAUUCAAUUUUGCAAUUGACAAGUGCCCUGGGUGCUUAUUACAUUGAAUAUGGUAUUUACACAUAAUAACUAAACCAGAGUUUUAUCAUAGUUAACAUACCUUGUGAUCAGAAGAGCUUCGACCAAAGGUAUCCAUUACUACAUAUUAAUUCAUGAAACAGUCAAACUAGAAUAGCAUAGUAGGUCUGGGGUAUCGACAUAUCACUGUUGAUCAUAUAACUUUGUCAAUUAGAAUAUCUAUAUAUAUAUAUAGUUUGGAUUCCAUAUUUGAAAACUUGUAAUUUUCUGUUACAAUAGUACAUUAACCCUUUCACCCCUAGGUAACUUUACUCAUUUAUUAGGUUGAGUCCAUUAUGGUCUACUGUGGUGAAAGGGUUAAAUUUAGACUGUCCAGAUCAAAUUUCCUUCUUGGUUCAGUCAGAGACGUGUUAUAUACGUGUCUGGUUCAGUCAAUCCAUAGUACAUAUGUGUACAUUUCAUUUUUAUGUAUUUCUUCAUUCCAAGCAAGUUUUCGUUAUAACCGUUGCCCUAGUUUUGAGAUUAUAUAUACAUGUUCUAAGUAUUAUAGUUAAGAUGGCUUCAUCAUUUGAAAAAUCUUUGUUUGUUACUCUCAGGUUUUUUAUGAGGAUGGGGUUAAAAUUUUCAAAUAUAAAUUUAAAAUAUAUCAUAUAUUAGAGAAAUGCAGGUGGGGGCACUUUAACGAGAAAGGGCAAUUAAUGUUGAUCAUAAAAUUACAUUGUUGAUCACACCAACAGAAAACAUAAAAAUGGUACUUCUACUGCAACUAUAUAUUCCAAUGUUAUUUUAUCUCCAGUUUAAGGUAUUAAGGGCUUUUCUCCUCAUAUUAUCUGCAUAAUUUUUUAUUGUCUUUGAGUUUUGUUUUUACAAACACUUGUUAACAUUGUUCAAACCAGAAUUAUAUUUAUGAAACUGUCUUUAUACCUAUAUUUUUUUUUCUAUUCUACACAAACUUAAUUGUAAUGAAGACAAGAGUGAGAAUGUAAUAAUGUUUAUUGUUGUCACCAAAUAGAUAGUAAAACACACCUAACAAACUUGUAUUUAGUAUAAACAUUUUUUUUCAAACAGAUAACUAAGUUUAUCACAUAAUCGGCCUGUUGUCCAGUGAAUUCGUCCGUGUAAUAUUGUUACAUAUGUCACUAGUGUAAUAUACCCUGGAGUGUUUUUCAUUGGCUGUGCCAGUCAGAAAUUGAUUGU